AUGUCUAAAUUUGAUCAAAUAAGACUAUUUAUGUUGGACAGUGACAACCGCCCGCAGAUCGAUAUUUUGUCAAUCAAUGAAUCUGCCCUGAAGACUUCAAUUCCUGACUCGCUUUAUGCUAUCCCUGGAUUUUCAAUGCAUCGUCGAGACCGCAAAGGAAUUAAAAAGAAAGGGGAAGUUUUGGUGUAUAUCAACGAGGUGAAACACCGAAGAAGGACUGAUCUCGAGGACUCGAAUAUUGAAGCAGUUUGGUUGGAAGGUUACCCAUUUAAAUCUAAGCGCCCGAUUUUGUUCGCUGGUGUUUAUCGUCCACCUUCAAAUUCUAAAGAAAAAGAUGAACUGCUUGAAAAGAAUAUUGAAUCUGCCUAUUUACUUAACCUCGAGACAAUAGCUAUCGGAGACAUUAACGUAAACUACCUGGCUUCCUCAACUUUUAAAAAACAUUGUUUGGUUCGCGCACUUACUAGCAUGAAUUUUAAACGGCUUGUGACUCAGGUAACAAGGCCAAUUAGUAAAACUUGCCUCGACCAUGUUUUUACAAAUCGUCCCGAGAGGAUUCAUUCUGUAUGUGUCAGGAAUUCAGGAUUAGCGGAUCAUUUGCCCGUGUUCGCAGUGUUCAAGAUGGAAAGAUUUAACGAGACACAGUUCUUAGCAACUCUACAAGAGAUCCCCUGGGACACUUCAUUUAUCUUUGACUCUGUUGAUGAUAUUCUUUGCGCUUGGGAGGAUUUAUUCAACAAAGCACUUGAUAAUCACUGUCCUUGGCGGGGAAAAAGAGUAGCGCGAGAGAAACAGGCUCCCUGGAUGACGAAUGAAGUUUUGAGACAUCUCCAGAAGAGAGAUUCGCUUCUUAAAACGGCCAGAGUCUCUGCUUCGCUGGAUGCCUGGGAAAACUACAAGUCUGCAAGAAACAAAGCUACUAACUUGAUUAAGACCGCGAAGUUCAAGUUCUACGACAACUGUUUUGAAAAUAGCAAGGGAGAUUCUAAGGGUAUUUGGAAGACGAUAAAAUCACUAACUGGCACUAGUAAUAAGUCUACAAAAUCAGAUGGUAUGACUGCAGAUGAGUUUAACUUUCAUUUUUCCUCUAUUGCUGAUCGUUUAAGGAGCUUGUUACCCAGAAUACCUUUUGGCAUUUCAAAACUUGAACAUUUUGUUCUUUCCAGAAAGGAUCCUGACGUCAAAUUUUCCAUCCCUCCAUUAACCAAAGGAUUUGUCGUUGAUUGUCUUCGGAAUCUAAAUUCUAAUAAAGCAACGGGAGUUGAUAAAUUCAGUGCACGAGUACUGAAGAUUGCUGCACUAGUUAUUGUUUCAUCAGUUACAAAACUUAUGAACUAUUCACUUGGUUCUUCUGUGUUUCCAAAGCGCUGGAAAACCGCUAAAGUGACCCAAUCGUUUAAGGCGGGAGAUCGUGGAGAUCCCAGUAAUUAUUGCCCGAUCUCAGUUUUACCAAUCUUGUCCAAGAUCGUGGAGAGACAUGUGCAUAACCAUCUUUAUGAUUAUCUAAAUGACAACAACUUGCUAUACGCUCGUCAGUCAGACUUCCGCAGACAACAUGGAACUGAGCGACUGCUCUCAUCAAAUUAG